GGUGGUAUAUAAGGUGGCACUGUGUAGGCAGCUUCAGAUCACUCGUCUCCAAUACACAUCACCAUGAGCAAGGCUGUGUUCCUCGUGCUGUCAGUACUGGUGGCCCUGACUGCCGCCAUGCCCGCCCCUGAGCCUGAGCCAGAAGCCAAGGCAGAACCCGGCUACCUGGGUUACGGCGGCUAUGGCGGCUAUGGCGGCUAUGGAGGUUAUGGAGGCUAUGGCGGUUAUGGUGGUUAUGGAGGCUUCGGUGGCUUCGGAGGUUAUGGUGGUUAUGGAGGCUAUGGCGGGUAUGGCGGGUACGGCGGCUAUGGCGGGUAUGGAUAUCAUGGUUAAUUCGAGUGCCCAGCGCUGCGUUGUGGAUGAGAGAGCUCCUCUUCAGUUUAGAAUUUGCUGGUUAUCUUUCAGAAAAUGUUUACACAAAUAAAUUUUUGAAAACCUACGGAAAAAAAAA